AUGGCGACCCCCUUCCGCCCGUCCGCGCCCGCCCCGUCCGCCAAGGGCGGCUGCGGCGGCGACCGCUGCGCCUCCGGCCGCGACGCCUGGCCGCUCCACCACUUCCGGCACGAGGGGGUCUUCUGCCUCCUCUGCUCCUCCUGCGUGCUCCUCUACAGCCCGUCCGCCUUCUGCGCCUCCUGCCUCCACAUCCUCUCCUCCUCCCCGGCCGCCGCCGCUGCUCCCCCGGGCGACCCCGCCGUCGCCGCGCCCGGGCCCACCGCGCCCUGCUCCGCCUGCGGCGUCUCCGUCGCGCACCUCUCCUGCGUCCCGGGGGCGGACCGUCACCCCUUCGUCUGCCCGCCCUGCGCCGCCACCGCCGAGGGCAGGGCCUUCUCCUUCGCGCCGGCGCCCGGCCGCCGCCCGCUCCAGGAGCGCGACGCGCGGGUCCUCCUCGUCGCCGCGCGCCUCGCGCACGACUCCGUCAGCCGCGCCGCGGCCGCCGCCCGCGAGGAAGCGGAGCGCCGCGUCGCCGAGGCCGCCGCGGCCAGGAAGCGCUCCCGCGAGAUGCUCGACGCCGCCUUCCGCGCGCUCGAGGCGGAGGCCAGGGACGCCAAGAUGAAGCCCGCCGCGGCCGCCCAGCCGCCACCACCCCCAAAGAAGAAGCCCGAGGCCAAUAGGGACAGGGACAAGCUGCUCAAGCUCAACGCCAUGCAGCAGCCUGCGCUGGCGUUCGCCGCGGCUGCUGCUGCGGCAGCAGCCACCUCGGUGCCAUUGCCGACGCCCUCAAUCAAGGAGGAGAAGCAGCCUGCCGUGAAACAGGAAGCGCAAGGUUCUGCGGCAGCACCGAGGGAGGAUAAGGAUCGCCCCCCGCUGUUUGGGACCUUGCAAUCGUGA